AUGAAUAAAGAGACAGUUCUGGUAUUCGCGCUAGGAAUGAUUUUCUAUCACGGGAUAUGCAGUUCCACAAAAGAAAAGGGAAAGAAAGUAGCAAGCAUUCUUGCAUUAGUACUGUUUUUUCACAAAGCAGUUUUUAAUAUGCACAUAAGAGAGUUUCUUCAUAAAAUAGGGAAUAGCAAAAGUGCUUCAUUAAGUGGGGUUGUUCUAUUUGUGUGUAUUCUUGCUGUUAUGGAGUCUAUUAUUAUGUAUGCAGUCCAGGGAUUCUUUCCAGGCACAAUGAUUUAUAUUAUAGAGCGGAUGGGCGGAUGUGUAGUUCUUAUUUCACUCCUGUUUAUUUUUUCUUCUCUAUGGAUUCUUUCCAAGAACGAUAUCACAGAGUGUAUUUUUAUUGAUCAGGGAGUGUAUGCAUAUAUAAGGCACCCAUACUAUUUAGGGCUAUUUUUGCUAUAUAUGGGCAUAUGUUUUAUGCUUGUCAGUGUAUGCAGUGUGAUUAUUGCUAUAUUUAUACUGAAAGACCGGGUUAUAGAGUAUAUUUUAGAAGAGGAGAGCCUUUUGAUUGAAAAGCAUAAAAGCUAUAUAAAAUAUAAAGAAAGAGUAUACAGCGGAAUUCCAACCAGAAUAUUAAGCAAGAUAAAGUCCACAGACUCUUUUGUUUCAACAUUUACACUAAUAAAAUAAGUGAUACUCUGUUUUAAAAGAGCGCAGUACACAUUUAGAAAUAAUAAUAGCAAAUGCAGUAUAGAGUAGAUACUUUUCAUAAAUUAUCAGUUAGAUAUAUAACAAAUAUAUUAUACAACAUCAAGCUUUUUGUACACACAGAAAGAAUAACCAAUUUAAUUUUUAAUGGAUGCUUUGUUUCUAGCUAUAGUUUUAGUUAAAAUAAA